AUGAACGCAUUGGUUCCCUGCGCAAACCAAAUCUUUAAUGCCUCAGAGAUCUACCUACGCUCUAAGCUCGCCCUGCUGAACCAUUCUUCCUCUAUUCAAAAAGUAAAAGUAGCCAAAACUCCUAGAGACAAAAACCUAUCCUUAGGCUUUGAGAACGAUCAUGAGAUCAUCGAUUUCUUCCGUGGGAUUCAACUCAAAUGGAAGUUCCUUUAUAACCAAGGCAAGAACUUGAAUCCGGACAGGAGUGGCCGAUCGUUUGAAUUGAUUUUCGAUAAGAAAUACAAAGGCAUUGUGUUGGAUUCUUACUUGCCUCACGUUGUGGAAGAAUCAAAGUCAUUGACAGAAGAGAACAAAGUUAUGAAACUCCAUAAUCUUGGCCGUUUCUAUGGAAGAGAAACCACUACUGGUCCAUGGGGAUCCAUCAACCUUGAACACCCCGCGACGUUCGAUAAAUUGGCAAUGGAACCAGAUCUAAAAAGGGCUUUGAUCGAGGAUUUGGAUAAGUUUGUAAAGAGAAGGAAUUUUUAUACAAGUGUUGGGAAAGCUUGGAAAAGAGGGUAUCUAUUAUAUGGUCCUCCAGGUACUGGGAAAUCGAGCUUGAUUGCUGCCAUGGCCAAUUACCUCAAGUUUGAUAUCUAUGAUUUAGAGCUCACAGGUAUUAAUAGUAACUCAGACCUUAGGGAGUUGCUGCUUAAGACCUCAAAUCGAUCGAUACUUGUGAUCGAAGAUAUUGAUUGCACUAUUGAAUUGGAGAAUCGUCAGCGACCAAGCGAGCGUGUAGAGUUGACUCUCUCUGGACUUCUUAACAACAUCGAUGGGCUGUGGUCGAGUUGUGGAGAUGACAGGAUCGUAGUGUUCACAACCAAUUACAAGGACCGACUUGACCCGGCUUUGCUGCGACCUGGCCGUAUGGACAUGCACGUUCACUUGUCCUAUUGUACACCAUCGAUUUUUAGGCAACUCGUUUCCAUUUACCGUAAGAUCUCUGACCAUCCGCUCUUUGAAGAGAUCGAACGGUUGAUAGAGAAAGUGAAAGUGACCCCUGCAGAAGUUGCUGAGGAGAUGAUGAGAAGCGAUGAUGUGGAUAUCAACCUUCAUGGUCUGAUUGAUUUCAUCCAUAGGAAGAAGAAAAUUAUGGAACAGAUCAAGUCAAUACACAUGAAAAAGUCAAUGAUGAUUCAGAAAGAGUUGAUGACACUGAAGAUGAAGCAUAAAACUGAAAAAAUAUCUGAGGGUGUGAGUUCAAGAUCCGAGUUGAAAACUGAUCCACUAUGA